AUCAUUAAAACUCUAUUGCAUAUGACUUUGUCAGGGCAAGGAUCUGAAAAGCACGAGCAAGAACAGAACGCUGAACUGCAUAUCCCAUAAUCGUCUCCUGUCUGUAAACACGUCGGCCACGUGACUGCAGGACUGUUCUGAUUAGAGUGGUGGGCUGGGAGCUAGCUGGAUAUGUAUUUUUGUUUCUCAAGCUGUCGGUUUUGUUUACAAUACCUUAAUUAUAGUCGAUGAGGCGAAUACAAAGGCUUUAGUGUUUUGUUGACAUGGAUAUUACCCACGCUAGACCGUCACUGUUUGGAGACAUCGCUCAUGGCCUGGGAUUUUGGACGGACCGCUCCGAGGUCCACGAGGCUGCCUCGCAAGGCCGCGCCCUGGAGCUGCAGCAGCUGAUUGAGAGAGGAGCCUCCGUUAACAUAGUGGCGGUGGACUCCAUCACACCCCUCCACGAGGCCUGCAUACAGGGGCAGACACAGUGUGUCAGACUGCUGCUGGAUGCUGGUGCACAGGUAGACGCGCGGAACAUCGACGGCAGCACGCCGCUGUGCGACGCCUGUGCCGCGGGGAGCCUGGACUGCGUCAGGCUGCUGCUGGAGCACGGAGCCACGGUCAACCCCCCCCUCUUCACCUUCUCGCCCCUGCAUGAGGCCUGCAUGGGCGGUAACGCGGACUGCGUGCGCCUCAUGGUCGCCAAGGGCGCCCAGAUGGAGGCGCACGACUGUCACUUCGGGACCCCGCUGCACGUGGCGUGCGCCAGGCAACACCUGGACUGCGCCAAGGUGCUGCUCAACGCAGGUGCCAACGUGAACGCUGCCAAGCUGCACGAGACGGCGCUGCACCACGCGGCCAAGGUGAAGAACGUGGAUCUGAUCGAGAUGCUCGUGGAGUUCGGGGGGAACGUGUACGCCAGGGACAACCUGGGCAAGAAGCCCGUCGACUACACCAGGCCGGGGUCCCCCCCGAACCUCUGCUUAGAGUUUUACGAAGGUACGCCCCUGAGUCUGCAGCACCUGAGCAGGCUCACGCUGAGGACUGUGCUGGGUAAAAGAGCUCUGGAGGUCGUGUCCAAGCUAACAUUACCCAACCGGAUCAUCAACUACCUCUCCUACUACUGACAAACGUGUCCUUUACUUGCUUAUCCCAUUUACACUGACGGAUCAAGGAGGGGAAUCGGAGGCGAAGGAGGGGACAGCCUGUCACCUGCUGGGAUUGAUUAUCAGGUAGCGGAUCGAGCUAGGACUUGACCUGGAUAUUGGAGUUGUCACUCCUGUUCUUUGUAAAUUGGUGUGAUGUUGGCUCCAAAGGCUUGAGGGAGUCAGCCAGCUAACCAUCUCACCUAAAACUCGGGCCUGAGUGGACAUCACAGCAUCCCCAUCAAUGCACCACAGGACAGGCGUAGCUCUGUUUUUUUUCAACUUUGUUUUGAGGGAUGAAUAGCCCCUUUGGACGCAACAGCACCAAAUUUGACAGCGACCUUGUUUACUAAGAAGACCCUUUUGCACACCAGCCACUUGUUGGAGGACUAAUACAAGAAGAUCAUUCCGCAGCAUUCAGAAGCUGCUGACCCAAGAAAUCAUUCCAUUCUGGAUCAUAAUCCUAACAAACUCCCAUUGUUCGGCCCAAUGACGCCAUAAAUACCACCAAUCAAAGACGCUUCUACACCUGCUACUGUUUCCUCAACCACACCUGAAUCCCUGGAGUUGCAGGCCCAGGUCCCUGACCAUUAUGAUACCUGCUUAGCAAUGUGCUCAGCCCUAAUUACACACUGCUGUUCUGGUUGUACAGUAGGUCAGUGGUUGUGGUUGGCCUUGCGUGGAUGUGGGAGAUAUGCUGUUCCCCCCCCUGCCAGUGCUGCUCUAAUGGAGUGGAACUCCUGGCCAUAGAGGACGAUUGGCUGCAAGGCACACAGUUACUUUUUUUUUCUGUGUGAAAUAUCUCAUUCCUGUACUCUCUAGACUGAAGCGGGCCAUGUGUUUACAACGGUUCCCUUAAGCCUGUCCUGCAUGCAAGCAGCACGCUUGGGAGUGUCGAAGUGUCCCUGAGCAAGACACCUAACCUCUUAAUUGCUCCCAACAAGCUGAACGAUACCUUGCAUGGCAGCCUUUCACCAUUUGUGUGUGAGUGUAUAGGUGAAUGAGAGGCAUCAGUUGUAAAGCGCUUUGGAUAAAAGCGCUAUAUAAAUGCAGUUCAUUUACCAUUUACACUUUUUUUUAAAAGCUUGGUUACAUCUCUUAUCAGUGUUGCUGUGCCGUGAAGCUCUUUAAACAGCACAUGACACACAUACGUACAUAUCGAUAUCAUUUUGGUGAAACAUUCCUGCUGUACUCACUGAUAUACUAAAACAACAAUAUUUAUGGACAGAAUUAAUUACUUGUGCAUUGCACGUUAUGCAGUAAAAUAGUGUACCUGGGACAUUCUGAAAUGGAAGAUUCAGACUGUAUGGAUCUGUGUACUCUGUUGUACCUAACUAAAAAAUACCUAUAGAGACAUUUUGCAGGCAAGUAACCAGACCAAUCAUUUAUCCACUUGGUCUGGUUACUUUCCUGCAAAACAUCUCUGUAGGUCUUUUUCAGUGAGGUACAAUAGAAUACACAGAUAGACACUGAAGAUGCAUUCCAGUCGACCAGUUUUUUUAAACCUUGUUUUUACAACAUGAACAAUUGGAACAUGCACAUUGUUCAAACUUGUUUCAACAAUGUAGAAACAAGCCAGGUAGUGCAAAGGGGUCAUUUGGCACCAGCAAAUUUGUUACCAUGCCAAGAGGGACUCGCAACAUACUCUAGCCAUCUAGACUACAAUGAAUUGGUGGAUGUCUCUUUAAUCAUUCUGUGGUAAAACUCUGGAUAUCCUUCCUAUCUUGGACUCCAUCUGCAGAGAGACAAGGAGACAUUUGAAAUUUGUCAUUUGACCUUUUCUGUGAAGCUGCUGAAACUUAAAAAAAAAACAAAAGUUUUUUCUGUUAGCCCACCACUAGGUGGCGCCUAGAAUCUUUUUCAAAAGUUGGCACAGAAAUGGCCUGGAGGAAGAGGUAGCAUUAUUAUCUUCUCUAUAUACUCAGAGAAAUGCAGCCUGGACCCAGAUCUCAUUUGGUCUGUAAUGAGAGUUGGAUUAAUAUAAAACCACCAAGCUAACGUAAGAUAUGCAGUAGUCUGUCCUAGUGCAUGUUCCGAACUCUGGAGAUUUUUUUAUCCAGCAAAAGAUAAAGACAGAUUCCUGAUGUGGGUCCGGCUUAUUGGUCAUAGGUGUAAUUCUCUGAACUGAUUAAGGAGAGUGAGGGCAAGACCCAAACUCCUAAUGGUGCCAGGCAUUAGCUUACAGAAUGAGAUGAUGCUUGUAAACUGUAAAUGUGUCAUCCUUGCAUGUCAUCUUGACUGAAGCAGGCAGUGAUGGUUGAGAAAUGCAGUAUCUACUAUGCUGAUAUCUCAUUCAUGUGGUCACAUUACCAUAA